GAGGGGGUGUAACACUAUCCUGCACUCUGCGCUUACCUCAGCCUUUCAUUCACUGAGGAAGUUAGAUCGUCAGAGUUGGAGCGGCGCAGCACAAAACGCAAAGAUGAACAACACUGAAAUAAACAUGAGUGGCAUCAGCGGAAACACUGCUACUCUUCACCUGGAUGGCAUCCCUCCAGACAGGCUCAAAGAGGUAGUGAAACACUUGGAGCCUUUCCGUCUUUCCCUGGAGAAGCUGAAGGAAGUUUCUACUCGACUCCGGAAAGACAUGAUCCGAGGUCUGGGGAAACACACGCAUCACAGAGCGGCCGUCAAGAUGCUGCCCACCUUCGUAAGAGCAACACCGGACGGGACUGAGAAAGGAGACUUCCUGGCACUAGAUUUGGGUGGAACAAACUUUCGGGUGCUUCACGUCAGAGUGAUGGAGGAGGAGCAGAAAAUGGUGAAGAUGGACAGUCAGCUCUGUGCCAUCCCUCAAGAAAUCAUGUUGGGAACUGGAGAACAGCUGUUUGAUCACAUCGCAGCCUGUCUUAGUGAGUUCCUUGACUCUCAGAACCUGAAAGGACAGACUCUUCCAAUGGGUUUCACCUUCUCUUUUCCCUGUGAACAGAAAGAAAUCGACAAGAGCAUCCUGAUCCGCUGGACUAAAGGCUUCAACUGCUCUGGGGUGGAAGGAGAGGAUGUGGUGAAGCUACUUAAAGAGGCCAUCCACAGGAGAGGGGACUAUGACAUCAGUUCAGUUGCCAUGGUGAACGACACAGUGGGUACAAUGAUGAGUUGCGGAUACCGGGAUCAGACCUGCGAGAUUGGGAUGAUCAUUGGAACGGGAACCAACGCCUGCUACAUGGAGGAGAUGAAGAACGUGAAGCGUGUGGAGGGAGAGGACGGACAGAUGUGCAUCAACACAGAGUGGGGCGGCUUCGGAGACGACGGCUCCCUUGAAGACAUCCUGACGGAGUUUGACAAGGUGGUGGACAGGACUUCAAUCAACCCCGGAGUCCACACCUUUGAGAAGAUGAUCAGUGGAAUGUAUUUGGGGGAAAUCGUUCGGCUGGUGCUGAUGAAGCUGACUGAGAAGAAGCUGCUGUUUAAAGGGGAAGUGUCUGAGGCCCUGCGUACUAAAGAGACAUUUGAGACAAAGUUCAUCUCUAUGAUUGAGGAGCCAGACAGUGGUCUGGAAAAUGCCAAAAAGAUUCUGACUGAAUUGGGUCUGACAUGGGAUUUGGUUGACGCCCGUGUGGUGCGACUUGUCUGUGAGACCAUCUCCUCACGUUCUGCUCGUCUCUGUGCCGCUGCCUUGGCAACCAUCGUCGACCGUAUUCGUGCCAACCGAGGGCUGCCUCAUCUGAAGACUACAGUGGGAGUGGAUGGGACCGUCUACAAAAAACACCCCAAUUACAGUGACGAGCUCCAGAAAGCAAUGCACUUCCUUGCCCCCGAUUGCAAAAUCAAGUUUCUUGUCUCUGAGGACGGCAGUGGGAAAGGCGCUGCCAUGGUUACCGCUGUGGCUCAGCGGCUAGCUCUCCAGUCACGGCUGUUGGAGGAGAGCGAUGGCGAGGAAGAUGAAGAGGAAAAAGUGAGAAGCUAACUGAGCACAAUUUGGGACAAUUUCAUUGUUUAACACAUAUCUGAGAACUUGUAGAAAACCCUGCUGUACUUUGAUCAACUUGUGUUAUGCAAAAAGUGAUACUUCAGUAAGAAAUUGGCAGGUUGAUUUAUUAUUUUUGCUUCAAAUUUUAUGCCAAAAAUUUGGCAUAAAAGAUGCACAUUAACUAUACUAAUAAAUGUUGAUCCAAUAA